UGUGGGAGGAGCAUCAACACAGAUUAAAAACCCCUCAGACUGAAGCUUUGGAAUCACUCUGCUGAAGAAGGAAGGGGACGGGUCCAUCAUGUCCUACUACGAGCAUAUUGUUCUGGACUAUGACUUAAAUGAUACGGGCUCUGGUUCUGGUUUGGGUUCUGGGGAAGUGGGUGUGGAUCUGGAGGAGCCCUGUGGAAUGGAGCACCUGAUGACAGCUGAGCUUCAGCAGGUCUUCCUGCCGGUGGUCUACUCCCUCAUCUUCAUCCUGGGCAUCACAGGGAACGGCCUGGUGGUGAUGGUGUUGGGCUGUCAGCGCAGGUCAAAGUGCAGCCUGACAGACCGCUACCGCCUCCAUCUGUCUGCUGCUGAUCUGCUCUUCGUUCUGGCGCUGCCCUUCUGGGCCGUGGAUGCCGCUCUGGCUGACUGGCGGUUUGGAGCAGUCACCUGCGUUGGCGUGCAUGUGAUCUACACAGUCAACCUGUAUGGCAGCGUUCUUAUCCUGGCAUUCAUCAGCCUGGAUCGGUAUCUGGCAGUGGUCCGAGCUACAGACACGAACAGUGGUGGUCUGAGGCAGCUGCUGGCACACAGACUGGUGUAUGUGGGAGCAUGGAUGCCUGCAGGUUUGCUGGCAGUCCCAGAUCUGAUAUUUGCCCGAACUCAGGAAGGAGGAGAAGGUUCCACUUUGUGCCAGAGAUUCUACCCAGACGACAACGCUCCUCUCUGGGUGGCAGUCUUCCACCUCCAGCUGGUGCUGGUGGGUCUAGUGAUCCCUGGCCUGGUGCUCUCGGUGUGCUACUGCGUCAUAGUCACCAGGCUGACCCGAGGCCCCCUCGGUGGCCAGAGGCAGAAGCGACGAGCUGUCAGGACCACCAUCGCUCUGGUGCUCUGCUUCUUCAUCUGCUGGCUGCCUUAUGGAGCGGGCAUCUCUGUGGACGCUCUGCUCCGCUUGGAGGUCCUGCCACGGAGCUGCAGACUGGAGGCUGCUUUAGGGGUGUGGCUUUCAGUUGCUGAGCCCAUGGCCUUUGCACACUGCUGCCUGAACCCGCUGCUCUACGCCUUCCUCGGUGCCGGGUUCAAGAGCUCGGCGCGGAGAGCCCUUACCCUGAGCCGGGCUUCCAGUUUAAAGGUUUUACCCCGAAGACGCCCUGGAGCCUCCACGACGACAGAGUCCGAGUCCUCCAGUUUACAUUCCAGCUAGUCCUUUCUUCAUGCGCUGUAUGGAAACUGUAAAAUACAAGUAAAGAAAUGACACAAGAUAAGGAGCAGUCUGCUGGUUCCGGACUCCUCUAAACUAAUGUAAAUAGUGUAAAUAUGCAGCUGUGUUCAUAUCCAUGUUUGUAAUGAAUAAAAAAGGAAAUUGAAUUA